AGAUUACUAUUGUGGACUAAUAUACAGUGAAUUGAUAGAAGGACCACUACAAGAAACUUCCCUUCUUACUAGAUUAGUACAACAGGAUGUUUUGGCAGUAGAAGUUAGACAAUGUCUGGUGUUGAUGGAGAAAAAUGGGUCUAUAUGUAAGACUGGUGCUGGAGAAAAUGUAUGGCAGUUAGAUUCAGAGAUACAUAGUGGAGACUUUUCAGAGGAUACAGUUCCUUCAGGAUCAUUCUUAAAUGAUUUAUGUGCAGGAAUUGAAAGCACAAGUUUAGAAAGCAGUACCAAUGAGUAUACAGUUCCAAAGUCAUCUUUAGGCAUAGAAAGUCUACCUCCACCUGCCAAAAGGACCAUUUCAAAAAGACCCACUAAAGACACCAACAUAAAGGCAGCAUCCUUAGCCAAUGGACAGCAUUCUCUUGAACCAAUAAGAUCCAAUUCUGAACAGACCAGCCCUAAGACAACACCGCCAGCAAGUGGAGAACACUCUCUAGAAUCAAGUUUGGCACCAAGUUUAACGUCUUCUACACCAAACAGAUCUAUGAAUAAUUCAGAUUUGAUAUCUUCACCUGAUUCAUCCUUGGACAGUUUUUCAGACAUCCCAGCGUCUGGUGCAACAGGUGGUUCAAGUCGUGGUUGUAUGAUGACACAAACAGUAAUGGAGGGAGACGAUCGGUCAUCCAGGGUUCAGCAGAGAUAUGUUUCACAAGUCCAGACUGGUCCAAAUACACAAACCAUUUCUGCUGGUCACAUUAAUCUAGAAACGACAGCACCUGUCAAUUGUCAUCAACACACAGAAAUUGAUCAAAGAUUAAAACCUACACUAGAAAACCUAAAGAAAAUAAUUUCUGUAUUUGUUGAACCAAAUAUGAAUCUUAAGCCUAAAGAUGUAGCACAAAAAUGUAGCAUUGGACAAUCCAGAAAAGCUGUCAACAAACUGUUAUAUCACCUGGCAAAGAAAAAGGUACUUACAGUUGCAACUUCUGAUGGCAAAGACCCUAAAUGGAACAAAGAUCCAUUAGCUCAGUACAGUGAACGAGAUUUGCAAGAAUGGGCCGCAGAAAUAGAAUAUGGGAGCACAAGUUCCCCUUCCCCAACUCCAGUUGUAAACCACCACCAUCAUAACCAUCAACAUGAACAUAACACUUACCUCCAGGUUGGAGACCAAAAUGUUAUGGCUCUUGAUCCAAAUAAUCAGGAAGAAAGAAGAGAAAGAGAAGUGAUGCCAGCAUCAGAAGACAUUGUAUCCAACUUACAACAGAAUUCCCAAUAAUAUGUUUUUCCAAAUUAAGUUAUUUUCAUGUGAUAUGUACAGACAAGUUAUUUUUAUACUAAGAAUAUUUUUUUUUUUGUAAAACAAAGCUAUGAUAAUGCUACCUAUUUUGGCCCCUUCAACACAGAAAAGUAUUAGAAAUAUACAGAAUAAUGUCUGACACUAAAACAUUUUAGAUGUUCAUAAUAGUUUAUCAUAUAUAAGUAUUCAUAUUUUUUGUUUUUUCCCUAAAAAUAUUUUUCUUAAGUCUUUACACUCCAAAACAAUUUUAGAAAAAACCCAUUUUCAGAUCUUGUCAUAAAUAUUUAGAUAUUAACCAAGGCCUUACCAUAAAGAUAUUUUGCUACAAGAUGUAAUUUACAUUGUGUGUAAAAUAUCUUAUUGGGGAAGGCCUUGCAUAGUAUAUUUUUUUUAUUAAAUAAAGGUGCAUAAAUUGAGUUUUUUUUGGCAAAUAUAUUCAAUUUUGUUUAUGACAUCAUAAGUGAUCUUUCUGCACUGAUAUGUCACAUGUAUGUGAUGAUUGUAUUAACUGUUCAUUAAAAAAUAAACCAUAAAAAAGCUAUAUUUAUUUCAAUUUUUUUUUCAAUUAUUUUACUACAGCAAAAGUGUCAUUUUACAUUGCACCAUAAGUAGGCAUUAAUGAGUUUUGAUAGGUUGAAAAAUAAAAA